AAAACAUGAGAUGCGCAGUAGAUGAAAUUAGGACUUCCGCUUGUAGAGAAAUGUGAAAGUUGGUAUUUCCUGUCAUAGUAUUCAGCUGUACACCUUCCCAAACAGGCAAGCCAUAAUUCAGCCCCUGGUAAAAUAGUACUGGAAAAAGGCAGUCCAGAGCUGUGUCUUUCAUCUUAUCAGCCAGACAAAAACCUAUGGUAGCAUUGCUUAUAUAACAAAAGUCAGUACUUUGGUUUCAAAUAUGUUGGAAAUAACUGUGAAAACAUUAGAUGGACAAAACAAGAAGUUUACUGUGCCUGAAGAUAUUACUGUAAGGCAGUUCAAAGAAAGGAUAGCAAACUCCAUUAAUAUCACUGCAGAACAGCAGAGGUUGAUAUUCCAUGGCAGGGUACUGCAGGAUGAAAAGAAAUUGAAUGAAAAUGAUGUCGAUGGCAAAGUGAUACAUGUUGUUGCCAGGCCCCCGCCUUCCAGCAGACCCCCGCCAACGUCAUCAACAGCCACUACUGCAGUGCCCCCUAGGGAUGGCAGCACCACCACCAGCUAUGUCAUGGGGUCGUUUACCUUGCCAGCUGAUGCCAUGGAUCCUAAUUCAGUGCAGCAAAUUGUGCAGCAAGUUGUAACAAACAUGGGGGAUAUUGGAAGAAAUGCUCGAGUCACUUCAAGAUCUGCACCUGAUGGUUCCUCAGUUGAUGUCCACAUAAACCUGGGUAACAUAGGAACAGUGCAGUUACGCAGUGAGGCACAGCAGAGGAUUGAGAAUGCCAGAAGAAUGGUACAGGCUGCUACAGAGACACUGGAUAGAUUGGAGAACCCCCCAGAUGGUGCUGAUGAGAGUAAUGUAAAUGCAUAUCUCAACAUACCAGCAGUGAGAGCCUAUGAUAAUAUACAGAUAACAACACCCAAUGGUAGCAGUGGGGCAGCUACAGCAACUACAGCUACAGUAACAACUACAUCUACAACUCGUUCUGAGAGCACUCCUACAGGCAGUUCUUCUAGUUCUGCUUCUGUUGGGUCAUCCAGUACAGGCGGUUUCAGUGGCACAGCCAGUACAAGCAAUUCUAACAGCACAACCAGUGCUAGCAAUGCCAGUGGUGGAAACAGCAAUCGACCGACAACAACUGUCCCUGAAAUUAGCCACCCUCCUCCCCUGGCUCUAGCAGAUUUAUUGAGUGAGGUAUCAAGACUACAGGCCAGAGCUCAGACACACUUGGAAAGACUGCAGCAAGUCAUGAGAGAGGAUGCUAACUAUGAGGGCAAGGAUGAAGAUCGUAGAAGGGACCAGCGUUUAUUUAACCUGGUAUCAGAAGUCAUGCACUAUCUGGGUCACGCCUACCACAGUAUCAGUGACUUGAUGGUGGACCUCAGUCAGCCGUCACCACGCCAGCUUCGGGCCCCAGUCACACCAGUGGCACCAGCAGCAGUGGUGCAGCAAGCUGUACCCAUUCAUGCACAAAUACAGAUCGAUCCAUCAGGCUUACAGAGACGUAAUGUCAAUGUGAAUGCGGCUGGUACACAAGCCGGCUCAGGUAGUACAGUAUUUGGCAACACAGGCACCCAAGUAGGUGCAAGCAGUGCAGCCUCUGGCACUGCUGGAACCCAGGCCGGUACGGGACUUGGCAAUCAGGCAAUAUUUGGCACCACAGGCACCCAGGCUGGUGCAGGAUUAGGUGCAACGGGUUCUACAGGCACCCAAGCUGGUGCGGGAUUAGGCCCAGUGGGGUCCACAGGCACCCAGGCUGGUGCAGGACUUGGCUCUGGUGGGGUCUUUGUUGGAUCCACAGGCAUGCAGGCAGGGAGUAGUUUUGGUGCUGUGGGAACCAUGGGAACACAGACGCAAGCAGUAGAUCCCACAAUGUCCACAGGCACACAGACAGGGGCUGUUCCUAGUGGAGUGGGGACUACAGGGACUCAGGCAGGGGCAGGUUUAGGCCCUGGUGGUAUGAUGUUUGGUACAGCAGGCACACAGACAUUGCCUGGCAACCUGCGAGGACUGUUGCCUGGAAUGGUGCCUGGGAUGGUGCCAGGCAUGGUGCGACUACCAGGAGCAUUCAUGAUUGGAGUGCCCCCACAUCCAACCACGUCUAACAACCAGGGUACGCAGACCAGCACAUCUUCAACCACAACUGCUGGUGUGGGUCCCGGGCCCUUUGGUCCUCUCUUCAACCCUACAGCCAGCACCACAGGCUCUGGUGCCAUGCCCUCCUAUACAUUUGUACAGCUGGGACCUCACAAUGUGACCAUCAGUAAUAUAUCAGCACAGUUUGUGCCACACUCAGAGGCUCAAGCAGAGGGGGGGACUUCUACAGGAACUGCCACUACAGGAUCUUCAAACACUGGGGCUGGGACUGCUACUACAGGAACUCCUCCAACUGGAACUGCUACUACCACCACAGCCUUUACUAAUGGCAGCAGGUCAGCAGUAGGAACUGCGCCAGCAGAAUCUUCUAGAACAUCAAAUGCUCCUCCUUUCACCAGGACCGUUGGUGGAGCUGGUCACCUGCCUUUUGGUGACUUCUUGACUUUACUCAGGUCUAUGCCAGGGCCACCAGGAAACCCUGGGGCUCACAUACCAUCUGGUUCAAGCAUGAAUGGGACUGCAACCACCAGCCCAGCUUCCUCAUCCACUACCACUACAUCAUCCAGCACCAGUUCUAGUCAGGGUCCUCUCCCUGGUAUGUUUCCCCCAGGGGGCUUUCCCCAGGGUCAUUUCGGCAAUCACCCCCGAGGUGUGCUUGUUCCUGGCAUGAGUGCCCCUGGAAACCGAGCUGUGGACCCCUAUCUACCCUGUGGCUCACGACACUUUAUGGCCAGGAGGAUGCCCAGUACCGCUGGAGGGUCUCCAGAAGGUUCCCUGACGGACAUUUUGAACAACAUAGUAACAUCUUUGCUGAAUCAGCAGAACCCUCAUCUAGCAGGUCAGUCUGCAGGGCAGCCUCAGUCUGCUGCCAGCAGUAGUGCCACCAGCACCACGUCCACCACAACCACACCAUCUGGUGCCAGCACAAGACUUACCCCAGCCUCCAUGCCUAACCCCUUUUUGCAGCUAAUGGGUAUGGGCAUUCCUGGACAGGGAGGACCAGCUCCACCUGGUGAGGAGAAUCCAUUGAUGACUAUGCUGAGAGGGGUUUUACAAAGUGCACACACUGAAGGUACCACCAGAACCACAACAACUACAACAUCCUCCAGCAGCAGUGGAGCUAACAGUAGCAGUAACAGUAGCACCCCCUCCUCCACAGGAAUGACAGAUGAACUGUUUGCACAAUUGAUUGGUGGCGUCACACAGGCAGUGUCGCAGUCGCGCCUAGGCCAGGGUCAAGGCCAGACUGUGGCUACAUUUCUGCGUAGUUUAGGAAGUGAGCACAGUGCAACUCAAGGAGAAGGUUUAGUUAACGACAUCUUCAACUGCUUGGCUGAGCAGCUAACUUUCCCAGACAUGAUGGCCAUUUUCAUGGGAAAUCCAGCAUCACUAAAUCGUACCCAGCAUUCACUGCAAGAGUUUAUACGAGACAGAAUUUUAGAAGGACACGAGGCCACAGAGAGCGUGGUGAACGACGCUGUGGAAAGGCUGAUAAAUGAUAUGCAAGAGCAGAUGAGAGAAACCUGUGCCAAUGAAGAAACUGUCCAGGAAGUGGACUUGAUGGCUACUCUUAAUGAAUUUACAAGACAGCAGCUCAGAGCCACCAUCAGACUUAUCAUGAACUCCACAGAGAAUGACCCUAACUUUGGACGUUAUCUGUACGAGAGGUGUCGCCAGGUGCUGAUGGAGUUGAUUGUUCUCUGUCGCUACUCUCUGAGUGGAGGUAUACCGGCUAUAGAGAGAAUACUACAUGGCAGAGUGCGCCAUGUCUCUGGUGACGUGAACCCUCUGAUCCUGCAGUGGAUGAUUACUAUGUCAUCUCAGCAUCUUCACUCUCUCCUGCCACAGAUCACAAUUACUGACACUGAUGUCAUGCACUAUGUUGUCAGGAAGUCUCCAGACAGCGCUGACAGUAUGGAUGUCAGCCCUGACCACCAGGAGGACCUGGAGUUCCAAGACGCUCUUGAGACACAGGAACCAGUGGUGACAUCUACUGGAGAAAGUGGAGGAAUGACUCCAGAGCCAGCAGCAGAGGCAAUGGAAGUGUCUAGUCCUAAAGCUGGUGAAAUCCCCACACCAGCUGAAGCAUCACCAGUGGUGAAUUCUCACAUUGUUGGGGCUGGAGAGGAUGUCACAGCCACAGGGGCUGCAGGCUGGGAGCAGCAAGUACCAGAGGACUGGGUACCAAUCAUUAGAGAAGAUGUUCAGCGCCAGAGGCGGCAGGCACCCCAGCAGCCACUCAGUGAUGCCUACUUGAAUGGCAUGCCACCUAAGAGACGGAAGAUCAUGUGCCAAGACAAGCCAGAUGGUGUGCCCAAGGCUGCAGAGGUUCUCCCCGAGACACUGACCAGAGCUGUGAGGUCUGCAGGUGUCACCCCCAACACAAGUGUGUCCGCUUUGCUCAAGGAUGCCUCUGAAAACACAUUACUCCAAGACAAAUUUGAGGAACAAGUUAAAAAAGACUUGAAGGACAAAGUUGAAAGCAACCCUGACUAUAAAUCUCAAAAAUAUCCAAAUGCAGAGAAAUAUUUAAAAAAGAAGUGAUGAGAGUGGCUGCUGAUGUUUUAAUUUUUUUGUUUUUUCAUUCUAUUAUUAUAUGCACACAAUUUGUCUGUCAAGCUGUCAAUUUGCAGUUUCGGUUUAUAUGGAAUUAUAUUAUAUUUAUAUUACAAUAUUCCAGGAUAACCUUUGUUUCUCUAGAUUAACUUGCAAUUCAAGUGGUGAACUAUUUCAGCCUAUGUGAAAAGAAAACAAUGUAUUGAUAUUAAUUUAUUUCUGCAUGCAGUAUUUUUAAGAAACUGUAAAUAUAACUUUCUAAUUUGUGAGGCAGGAUUCUUAAAGUGGACAAUAUCUUGUACAACCCAGUGCCAUGGAUACAUAUACAAUUAAUAUCUAUUCUUCAAGUCCUUUUCUCCUCAAUGAGAGCAUUGGACAGAAUCAUUUUUCCCCAAUGCACUCUCUUCUGUGAAGUUUUGUCAUUUUAGUUCCAGUGGCCCAUUAUGAUAAGAACUGGGUUUGUAUAUCCACAUUCUUGUGAAGCAAUGGGAUACUUAAAAUAUUGUAUCCAGGCACAAUAAAAAAAGUGGAAGAAAUGGUGCAUAAUUGUGCAUAUGGUUGGGUAGAAAAUGUGAAUCAUCGCUAUAUAUAUAUAUAUAUAUCUUUUUUUUUAACUUUUUAAUUUAAUUUGGGUACACUGACCAAGCUAUUUUAAUGUAAAUUUCAAGUGAAUAAAAAGGCAUGUUAACCCUUGUAA